CUAUGGGUGCAUAGAGCAAGGCUUAUGGCUAUGUGUCAGUGUCAGUCAGCUGUAACACAUUUUGUUGAAGCACCAUGAAUAUUGGGGACUAUAUUUUCUCUAGUGUCCGUUAUUGAAGGUCAUUUUUAGUUUCGUUCGAGCCUUUGCUUUUUAACUGCAAUCGAAUUUCAAUCGGCAUAACCUGAAAAUGGUGUCACAACUACCAAUUUUUGCUAGAAGUUCCGCAGGAAUACUUGGAUUUUGUGGGCCGCCUAAUUUUGGCUCUCUAAGCGGGCUCUCUCCAAUUGAAAGCAGGUCAUGUAAAACCUCACUGUUUAGCCCUGACGGGUCAUAUCUUGCAUAUGCUAAUGAGGCAACAAUAACCGUUUUAAAAACUGAUGACUGGAGUCCAGUGGCAACUAUUUUGGAUACUAGGGCAUAUAGCUUGGCAUUUUCCCCCAAGGGUACUUUUCUGAUGACCUGGGAACCAUUUGCCGUUAGCAAUGCCAAUCCUCAAGGAAGUCCGAACUUGAAACUCUAUAAGACAGACGGAGGUAAACUUAUCAAGAGUUUCACUCAAAAGAAACAAGGCAACUGGGAACCUCAAUGGAGCAACGACGAAAAACUUUUCACCAGGCUGGUCAAUACCGAUAUUGUCUUUUAUGAGGAUUGUAAUUUUGAAAGGAUUGUAACCAGACUCACAGGGCAUAAAGUGAUAUCCUAUAAACUAUCUCCAAACGUUGGUACUUACUUUCUUUUAUGCCAUACUUUAGGGCCUCCAGGCCAGCCAUCAUUUGGCAGAUUAUUCAAAUACCCCGAAUUUGACAAUCAGCAAGCAAUUGCCAAUAAAAGCUUUUUUCAAGCUGAUAAAGUGGAUUUCUUAUGGAACUCCAAAGGAAAUAAUGCUUUGUUGUUGACUUCCACGGAGGUAGACAAAACAGGGGGUUCUUAUUAUGGAAAGCAAGGCCUGCAUUUCAUAGGCCUAAACGGGCAUACUUCUAUGGUCACUAUGAAUAAAGAAGGUCCAAUUUACUCUGUAGAGUGGUCACCAAAAAAUCAGGAAUUUUGUGUCGUGUACGGGUUUAUGCCUGCAAAAGCUACAAUAUUCAAUUUAAAAUGCGAACCGUGUUUUGAUAUGGGAACUGGCGCAAGAAACUCUAUUUACUACAACCCCCAUGGAAAUAUCCUACUUUUGGGAGGUUUCGGCAAUCUUCGUGGCCAAAUAGAAGUAUGGGAUGCAGUCAACAAGAAGAAAAUAGCUAGUUGUGAUGCACCAGACUCAACGUUUUUGCAAUGGGCUCCCGAUUCUGAGCAUUUCUUAACUGCCACAACAGCGCCCAGAUUGAGAACCGCAAAUGGCUUUAAAAUUUGGCAUUAUUCGGGCGCUCUCCUGUAUGAGAACAACUGGCCUCAAGGGGAAGAACUAUAUGAAGUCCAGUGGAAGGCGUUUCCAAAACUGACGUUCAAAGAACCGGAAAUUUCAGGCAAAAAAGUUGAAGGAAUUGCUCCGAGCCAGCCUAUUGCUUCUAAACAGGCCUACAGACCACCUUCAGCAAGAAACAGGGCUGUUGUCACCUUUAAAUUGCACGACGACGACGAGGAAGCUCAUACAGUCGGGUCAAAUAAUGCUCCAUCCAAACAAGCCCUAAAAUAUAAGAAAAAGAGAGAGGCCAAGAAAGCCAAGCGGAAUGAAGAUGCAGAUAGCAACAAAGAAGGCUCAGUUCCAGUUGUAAGUAACAUCAAGCUGAACCUGACUGGAGAUCCUGAAGUGGAUAAAAAGCUGAAGAACAUUAAAAAGAAAUUGGAUGCCAUAAAUAAGCUAAAGAAGGAGCAAGAAUCCGGAAAAAUGCUCGAAGCCAAUCAGUUAACGAAAAUUCAGGCAGAAGAAGAGUUGCUAACGGAACUAGAAAAGUUAAGUAUUUGAAUCAAAUUAAAAAUAAAUAAAUUGUGUUAAAAAAGAA